ACUGCCGAAGGGUAUCAGAUGAAUUUGGGAUUCCAGAUUCUAUGUGAGUAGAUGACAAUACUCAAGUAAAAUAUAUCUGCAAGGGACUACAAGAUCAUAUAAGUAGAUUAUACAUGCAUGCAGCUUAUAUUCUGGUUUAAUCAUCUACCCUUUGCACAUGGAGCUCUUUUUCUCUUCCUGUCCAUUCCUUUUCACCUUCUUUCUUUCCACAGUCAUGGUGUUGAAUUUAGGGAGAGAACCAAGAGCAAUGGAUUUAUAUCAAAACAACCUCCAGGGCCGAGAAAGCUACCUAUAAUUGGAAACGUUCACCAGCUAGCAAGUUCUUUACCCCACCACAGAUUACGAGACUUGGCCAAAAGAUAUGGACCUUUGAUGCACCUGCAGCUUGGUGAAGUUUCUACCAUAGUUGUUUCUUCGCCAGAGUUUGCAAGGGAGUUCAUGAAAACCAAUGACAUCACAUUUGCAUCAAGGCCAGAGAUUCUCGCUUCACAAAUUAUCGGUUAUGAUUCCACUAAUAUUUCCUUUUCACCUUACAGAGAUUAUUGGAGACAAAUUCGCAAAAUUUGCAUGCUGGAACUACUAAGUUCAAAGCGUGUCCAAUCCUUCAAACCAGUAAGAGAAGAGGUGAUGAAAGAUCUCAUCAAAUGGAUUUCUUCAAAAGCAGGAGCACCUAUCAAUCUUACUGAAAAAGUUUUUUCAUCAUCAUAUACCAUGACUUCAAAGGGAGCUUUUGGUAAGAAAUGUAGAGAGCAAGACCGAUUUGAAACGGCAGUCCAGCAAUCAAUAGAGCUUGCAGCAGGUUUGAAUCCUUCAGAUCUUUAUCCUUCCAAUAAGUUGCUUUAUGUAAUUGGUAGGAUGGGGGCUCAGAGGCUGCACAAAGAAGUAGACAGGAUACUUGGGGACAUUGUUGAUGAGCAUAUGAAAUCUCUGAGAACAGCCAAAAUUGGUGUGAAAGAAGUAAAUGAAGAUCUUGUUGACGUUUUGUUAAAAUAUGAAGGACACGGUGGCCUUGGAUUCCAUUUAACCGCUGAUAACAUCAAAGCAGUGAUAUUGGAUCUUUAUGCUGCUGGAAGCGAAACAACUGCUACAAUUGUUUAUCCUCUCAUAAGGAGUGCUCAGCUUCUUCAUCAUAUCCAAGAAGAUGCACCGCCAGAAACUAUCUCAAAGGACAAAGAAGAAACAGAAAAUCCAGAAUACUAUGUUUGGCUAAACAAUGAUGGCCUCCUUACAAGCUGGCUUCUCGGAACCAUGAAUGAAGACUCACUUAGCCUCGUCGUUGGAUCAAACUCAGCAUACGAGAUCUGGAAGUGCUUGGAAGAGCAUUAUCUUGCCUCAACAAAGGAGCAAGAGCUACAACUCAAAGGGCAAUUGACUAUUAAACGAGGAAGUAAUGAAUCUCUUGAAGCAUUCCUCAAGAAAUUCAAAAAUACCUGUGACAGUCUAGCUGCCAUUAACAAGCCUCUUGAUGAUCUUGAUAAGGUGUUUCAUUUGUCUAGAGUGGUCGGGUCACGCUACCAACCAUAUAAUCUUGCUGUUCUCUCUAAAGCUCCAUAUCCAACCUUCAGACAGUACAUCUUAGGCCUUGAAAACACUGAACGAGAUCUGAAUGCAGAAGAGGAAGAAGAAAAGAAUUCAGCCCAAAACUAUGGACAAGUGUUUAUUGUUCAAAGAGGAAGAGGAAAUCGAGGCAGAGGCAGAAGAAGCUUCAACUCUAGAGGAAGAGGCUUCAUACAAGCAAGCAAUUAUAACAACCACUGGUCUGGAAACAAUAGACCAGUUGUCACAAAUAACAACCCUCAGCCAUAUCAAGGAAACCUGCAACAGAAGAACCAGCCUAAGACACAGAGUUCAAAAGGUGAGAACACUUGCCAGAUCUGUGGAAUUUAUGGUCACAUUGCCAUAAAAUGCUGGUAUAGAUUUGACCAUGCAUAUCAAAGUGAAGACUUGCCUCAAGCUCUUGCUGCAGUAUCCUUAUCAGAGGACAAAGAUCCGAGUUUCUAUGCUGACUCUGCAGCAAGUGACCAUAUGACCUCAGACAAAGGUAAUCUCUACUCAAAACUACCUUAUAACGGAAACAGGAAGGAUCCAAAGACACAACAAAUUCUUGCCAAAGGAUCUAGGAAAGGGCAACUUUAUGCAUUAGAUGAAGAAGCACAGGAGAAAUGCGAGAUUAAUGGGUACGAGAUACCUUUCAAAAGCAAAGUUCUAAUAAAUGGAUGGGCAAUUGGAAGAGAUCCCAGUCUCUGGAAUGAUGCUGAAAGAUUCUACCCAGAGAGAUUCCUUGGUAUCUCCAUUGAUUUCAAGGGAACUAAUUUUGAGUACAUCCCAUUCGGUGCUGGGAGAAGGAUGUGCCCUGGCAUGGCCUCUGGCCUGGUAAGUGUUGAGUUUAUACUGGCACUGCUCUUAUACCAUUUUGACUGGAAACUUCCCAAUGGAAUACAUCAUCAAGAUCUGGACAUGUCUGAAUCAUUUGGGGUGACAGCCCAAAGAAAAUAUGACCUGUUUGCAAUCCCCAGCCCUCAUCAGCCGUCACUCGAGUAAGUCGAGAAGGAAGAAGCACUAACUCAAGCUUGUACCUGGAAACUUGACCAAUAAAUUCUCCAGCAGCUGUAGGAAUAUGAUCUGUGCUAGUUUACAGAGCAGAGCAGCCUGAGCAGGUACUUGUUUCUUGCAUGUGAUUUGCGGUCAAUAAAGAACUGCAGCGACC